GGUGUACCUUAUGGAUCGUUGGAAACUGUCAAAACUUUCGGGUUUUGACAGCAGUUCCAUCAAACAAAAAGUUGUGUGUGAUUCUUUUGAUUCCUCGAGAUUUCACUUGAUUCUGUAAACAAUGUCGCUGGGGCCAUUCUUUCGGUCGCCGUUUACCGAUCUUACCGCCUCGUUGGUUAACUUCCAGCAGUACGAUAAAUGCGGUGAGAUGGAGAUGGCCGCUAUCGAUUGUCUAGAGGCGUACGGCACCGUACGAGGAGCUAAGAAGUGUGCUGAUAUACUUACCGAUUUCCAGGAGUGUGCUUUCAUGAAUAAGCAGAUCGCUAGAUUCAAGGCCAUGCGAUUGGAAAGACACAGACAAGGAUUGUUCGGUGAAAGAAAAUCAGAAGAGUACUACGCCAAACCUCCACGUGUUGACGCUUAUUAGAACAAACACCGCAAUAAGUUAAUAAAUCAGUUGAUGGAUAAUUUAA